UGUUAAACAGUAAGCUGGUUUUUAAAAUGGCCUGCGCGCUGCGAGCUUUGAGUCACUCUCAGUUGGAACUGUGCGCCAAACGGUUCUCCAUCAUUUUGCUGCUGAGCGCCAAGACGCGCUUUAAGCUCAAUUCUAUUGCUGUUGCUGCUGCGAAAAGGAGUGAAAACAAGCGUAUACACACACAAAAUCAAAGAUAAAAUGUACACAAACAAAUUGAAAAGUUCAAAUACUUGGCUGCCAUUGCUAAUGCUGUUAAUUGGCGCGUCAACGCAUCAUGUCAAUGGCAACUCCAUACCCACUGUGACAACGCCGACGGGUGUAUUCGAGACGCGCACCGACAAGGUGCCAAGUGAAACGGCUGCAGUAUUGCCGCUGCCCGCAGCAUCCUACGAUGACAUCGAUACAUUCGUGCCCUUUCGCAGUGACUCGCAUGACAAUUUCUCAUGGCAACUGCUAAAGGCGGUGCUGCUGAAUGAUACGGAGCAACAGAAUAAUGUCAUCAUAUCACCGUUUUCCAUUAAAUUGGUGCUGGCGAUGCUGUCGGAGGCCUCCGGCACGAACACAAAGACACAGCAAGAGUUGAUAAGCACUCAGCCCGACAUCAGAUCGGCGAACAAUGUGCGCGAGUUCUAUCGCAAGACCCUCAACUCAUUCAAAAAGGAAAAUCAACUGCACAACACAUUGAAUGUGCGCACUAAGCUGUUCACUGACAGCUUCAUCGAGACACAGCAAAAGUUCACAGCCACCUUGAAGCAUUUCUAUGAUGGCGAUAUCGAAGCUCUGGACUUUAGCAAUGCUCCGGCAGCUGCCUAUGCUAUCAACGAGUGGGCCAACAAUGUCACAGAUGGAAGACUGCGCAAUCUGGUCACGCCGGAGACGCUUCAGGAAUGCGUAAUGCUGUUAACGAAUGUGAUAUAUUUCAAGGGUUUAUGGCGUCGUCAAUUCUACAAUACAUACGAUGGCGCCUUUUUCCACAACCAAAACGAGCAGACGCGAGUUCAGUACAUGGAGCAAACGGAAUAUUUCUAUCAUCACAAUUCGGACAAAAUGAAGGCACAGAUAUUGCGCCUGCCGUACAAGGGAAAGAAUUCAAUGUUUGUGCUGCUGCCACAUGCCAUGGACGGCAUCAAUGAGCUGCUGUAUGCUCUGGAAAAUGAUGAGGUCAAGAGCGCCCAAUGGGCCAUGGAGGAGGUCAAGGUCAAGGUGACGCUACCGAAAUUCCAUUUCGACUACAAGCGCAGCUUCAAGGACACCCUCCAACAGCUGGGCGUACGUGAGAUCUUCGAGACGACCGCCUCGCUGCCAGGCCUAACGCGCGGCGCCGAUGUCUCCGGCAAGGUGAGAGUUUCGGAUAUACUGCAAAAGGCUGGCAUCGAUGUCAACGAACAGGGCACAGAAGCCUAUGCCGCCACUGUCGUUGAGAUCGAAAACAAAUUCGGUGGCUCCCAGACCAUUGUCGAGUUCAAUGUGAAUCGCCCCUUUGUAUUCUUCAUCGAGGAGGAGGCCACAGGAAACAUUCUGUUCGCCGGCAAAGUCCAUCAACCCUACUAAGAAGCUAAGACAAUAGAACGACUAAAUCGUCGCGCUUGAUAUGCUUAUUUGAUUACAGAGUAACAUCACUAAUAAACAAAAACUAUAGUAUAUAUACCAAAUUAUGUAUACUUUUUUAUAAACUGUUAUAUCUACACAAAGCGCCCUAUUAUAUGGGC